AUGGAGAGCAAGAGCGAAUUCGAAUUGAAAAGCGGAGUUCCAAAUCCAAAGGAAAAAACUUUUGUUAAUAUAUUGCAGGCAAAUAUUAAAGAGACAUUUUUUUCCGAUGAUCCUUUUCGAAGAUUGAAAAAACAACCAUUACUUAGAAGAAUGUUAUUAAUAAUACAAUAUUUUGUACCAAUUUUAGAAUGGGCGCCUCGUUACAAUUUGAAAUUGUUUAAAUCGGAUCUUAUUGCUGGCAUUACAAUUGCUAGUCUCGCUGUUCCUCAAGGAAUUAGCUAUGCCAAUUUGGCCUCUUUACCACCCCUUAUUGGCCUAUAUUCAAGUGUUGUACCACCGUUGAUUUACGCAAUAAUGGGAAGCUCAAGAGAUUUGGCAAUAGGAACAAUUGCAGUUGCAUCUCUAUUAUUCAGUGAUACCCUUGGGAAGGUUGUUAGCCCCACCGAGCAUCCAACCCAGUAUUUACAACUCGCUUUUACAACUACUUUUAUUGCUGGCUUUAUUCAAACAACUUUUGGAAUUCUCAGACUGGGGUUUAUUGUAGACUUGCUAUCUCAUGCAACCAUAUUGGGAUUCAUGGGAGGAGUUGCAACAAAAGUUUGUCUUGAACAGCUUAAAACAAUUCUGGGAUUACAACAUUUCCCUCAUAAAACCAAUUUUAUUACAUUACUAACUAAUCUUUUCUCUAGAUUUCAUGAGUGGAAGUGGCAGACUGGGAUUCUAGCUUGUGGCUUUAUCAUCUUUAUGGUACUCACAAAAUACUACAGUAAGAGAAAAGCAGGUAUGUUUUGGAUAAGUGCGAUGGCUCCCCUAAUAUCAGUUAUAGUAGGAAGCCUGAUAGUGUUCCUCACUCACGCCGACAAACAUGGUGUUCCAGUCAUUGGACUAUUGAAGAAAGGACUGAAUCCGCUCUCAUUCAAUGACUUGGCUUUUAAGUCACCCCAUUUAUCCGCAGUAAUUAAGACUGCUACUGUUACCACUAUUAUUGGCUUGGCUGAAGGUGUUGCAGUUGGUCGGAGCUUUGCUAUGCGUAAGAACUACCACAUUGAUGGGAAUAAAGAGAUGCUAGCAUUUGGGUUAAUGAACAUUGUUGGCUCAUGCACUUCUUGCUAUCUCACUACAGGAAUAUUUUCAAGGACAGCAGUGAAUUUCAGUGCAGGAUGUAAGAGCGUGGUGUCGAACAUAGUGAUGUCAAUAACAGUAAUGAUAACGUUAUUGGUUCUGAUCCCAUUGUUUCGGUACACUCCGUAUGUUGUGCUUUCAUCUAUAAUCGUGAAUGCUAUGCUUGGCCUCAUCAAAUACCAAAAAGUUAUUGAAUUGUGGAACAUUGACAAAUUUGAUUUUGUCAUUUGCAUUGGUGCCUACUUUGGAGUUGUUUUUGGAUCCGUUGAUGAUGGCUUGAUUAUUGCGAUUUGUCUAUCAUUGGUGAGGCUUCUUUUAGUGGCAGCAAGGCCUAAGACAAUGAUGCUUGGAAAUAUACCAAACACAACUUCUUAUAGAAGCAUUGAACAUUAUGAUUUUGCCCAAAAAAUUGUUGGACUUCUCAUUUUAAAAAUUGAAGGUCCCAUUAACUUUAUUUGCACAAACUAUUUAAGAGAAAGAAUUAUGAGAUGGGUUUAUGAAGAAGAAGAAAAUAGAACCAAAUCUUGUGGAGAACAACCUUUGCAACAUAUCAUACUUGAUUUGGGAGCCGUAGGUAGCAUUGAUACAAGUGGAAUCAGCUUGUUGAAAGAAGUUAAGAAACUAACAGAGGCAAGAAAAUUAAAGCUACAUUUAGCAAACCCAGGAAGUGAAUUAAUGAAGAAAAUGCAUUGUUCCAAGUGUAUUGAAAUCAUCGGCGAGGAGCACAUACACACUACAGUUUCGGAAGCUGUAAAAGCAUGCUCCUUCAUGGCACAGGCACAUGACUCUUCUAUCAACAUGAUAUCAGGAAAUGAUGAACAAGCUGCCCGUGUCUAUAACGUUUAGACGGACAACCAUGUCGAUCGACUAUGCAACAUUGGCGAACCCAAUUAAAGGGCGUAAGAGUGUCCAAGGCACACCAUAAAUUAUAAGUUAUACUGAUG